UCAAAGAUAAGAUCCUACAGAUUUGUAGAAACGGCAAAAAACAGGUGAUAUACAAAGGAUCAGAAAUUUGGAUGACUUCAUCUUCUCAACUUAAUAUUGAAACCUAGAAGGUAAUAGAGCAAUGCCUUCAAAAUUCUGAAGGAAAAUUAUUUACAAACUAGGAUUCAGGAGCCAGCUGAACUAUCACUGAAGUGUGAGGGUAGAAUAAAGGUGUUUUCAGACAUGCACAGAUCAAAAACUUUACCUCCGAUCUAUGGAAAAUGUGCUCCACACGUAAGGGAGUAAACCAAGAAAAAGAAAGACGUGAUAGACAAAGGAUUCAACAUGGAAGAGGCAAAGGGUCUCCCCAGGAUAUAAGAAGAUACCAAGUUGAACAGCAUUGGAAGGUAGAUACAGUAUCUUCCUCCAGAGCAACAGUUAGGCUUCCUUAUAGCCAUGGAAGAAAGCGAGAGUAUCUUCCUUUGGAACAAAGGAUUCUUAAGAUAGAAGCCGAAAGCAGGAGUUGGCAAACUACAGUCUGGGGGCCAUAUUCCGCCUGCCACUUGUUUUUGAAUGGCCCAAGAAGUCUUUGAAAGAAUAUGAAUUUGGCUGAGAUUUGUGACAAUGCAAAGAAAGGAAGAGAAUAUGCGCUUCUUGGAAAUUAUGACUCAUCGAUGGUGUAUUACCAAGGGGUGAUCCAGCAAAUUCAGAGACAUUGCCAGUCAGUCAGAGACCCGGCCGUGAAGGGCAAAUGGCAGCAGGUUCGGCAGGAAUUAUUGGAAGAAUAUGAACAAGUUAAAAGUAUUGUCAGCACGUUGGAAAGUUUUAAAAUCGACAAGCCCCCCGAUUUUCCUGUUUCCUGUCAAGAUGAACCAUUUAGAGACCCUGCUGUUUGGCCACCCCCUGUACCUGCAGAACACAGAGCUCCACCUCAGAUCAGGCGUCCCAACCGAGAAGUAAGACCUCUGAGGAAAGAAAUGCCAGGAGCGGGAGCCCGGGGGCCUGUGGGCCGAGCACAUCCCAUAUCGAAGAGUGAAAAACCCUCCACAAGUAGAGAGAAGGACUGCAGAGCGCGGGGGAGAGAUGACAAGGGAAGAAAAAACAUGCAGGAUGGUGCAAGUGAUGGUGAAAUUCCAAAAUUUGAUGGCGCUGGCUAUGACAAGGAUUUGGUGGAAGCCCUCGAGAGAGACAUCGUCUCGAGGAAUCCUAGCAUCCAUUGGGAUGACAUAGCAGACCUGGAAGAAGCUAAGAAGUUGCUAAGGGAAGCUGUUGUUCUUCCAAUGUGGAUGCCUGACUUUUUCAAAGGGAUUAGAAGGCCGUGGAAGGGUGUGCUGAUGGUCGGACCCCCAGGCACCGGUAAGACCAUGCUAGCUAAAGCCGUGGCUACUGAAUGUGGCACGACAUUCUUCAACGUUUCCUCUUCUACACUGACGUCUAAGUACAGAGGCGAAUCUGAGAAGUUAGUCCGUCUGUUGUUUGAAAUGGCUAGAUUUUACGCCCCCACCACGAUCUUCAUUGAUGAGAUCGAUUCUAUCUGCAGUCGAAGGGGAACCUCUGAUGAGCACGAGGCAAGUCGCAGAGUCAAGUCUGAGCUCCUCAUUCAGAUGGAUGGAGUUGGAGGAGCUUUAGAGAACGACGACCCUUCCAAAAUGGUUAUGGUGUUGGCUGCUACUAAUUUCCCAUGGGACAUUGACGAAGCCUUGCGAAGGAGGUUAGAAAAAAGGAUUUAUAUCCCUCUCCCAACAGCAAAAGGAAGAACGGAGCUUCUGAAGAUCAAUCUUCGUGAGGUUGAGCUGGAUCCUGAUAUUCAACUGGAAGAUAUAGCAGAGAAGAUUGAGGGCUAUUCCGGUGCUGAUAUAACCAACGUUUGCAGGGACGCGUCCUUAAUGGCCAUGAGACGGCGCAUCAACGGCCUGAGCCCAGAAGAGAUCCGCGCGCUUUCCAAAGAGGAGCUUCAGAUGCCGGUCACCAAGGGAGACUUUGAGCUGGCGCUGAAGAAAAUCGCUAAGUCUGUCUCCGCUGCGGACUUGGAGAAGUAUGAAAAGUGGAUGGUUGAGUUUGGAUCUGCUUGAAUUUCUGUCAGCUCUUCCGUGUCUGGUAUCUUUGUUUAUAAAAUGUGAAGAAAUUCCCUGCAAUUUUUUUCAAAAACAGGUUUGGAACUUUUCAUGGGAACUUUUCAUGGGAGAAUUCACUUAAGGAAGACCAUCUAAGACCACAGAGUAUAAAUGUCAUUGAAAAAUAAGAGAAGCUGACAUAAAGGGCCUGAUGGCCCCCGUCCCCAGCUGUGUGCUGGUACCGCACACUUUCAUGCAUUAAUAUUGCACCCCCAAACCAGGUGCCGGGGUGGUGGAAGAAAGACAUCAGUGCGCUUUGUGGAAACUUGUUUACGAAAGACUUAGAAGGACCUCUCUUGCAUUUCUCACUUGCAUUUGUGGGUUUUGUCCUAUUCAUUGCUUUGAACAUGAGGGACCUGUGUACAGUGACUCAACAUCAGAACUGAGUUUGUGUCAAAUUCAUUAUUUGUUGUUAAGAAUGAUAGUUUUGGGGUAAGUAAUGAAUAUGCGAGUUAAACCUCUAGAAUUCAGCUAUUCCUGUGAGAGUCUACCCUGUAGUUCAAAUUUUUGCCCUCUCCCCCCACCAUUUCUUCUGUUAACUGUUUCAUCACGUACUGAGCCCUGUGAGCGAAUAGCCUGUGGUUUUUGAAUCGUUUUGCCAGGUUGUUUCUCUGGUCUGUAGUACUUUUUACCCAUACUGCUCACAUUUCGUACUGGAAAGGUAGGGGAAGGUUAUGAUGGCAUGAGUUGCACUUCUUCAGUUUAGACUUUUAAGUUCGUUUUCACUUUUUCAGUAUGGUCAAACACACAAACCCUUUAUUUUUUUCAGCUCCAACAUUGUUUGAUUUUUGCUGUAUUUGACUUUCACAUUCCAAAUACUUGCGUAUUCUAAACAAGUCCACUCUCUUGUGGCUAACGCAAAACAAACAAAACAAAUUUGAUAGUUUUUCAGACAGUUUGUUUAACAAAAUAACAUUGUCCAUAAUGAACGAUGUUCGUUUGAAAAUUUGAAAGUUGUUCUUUGUCUGGGUUGAGAACUUGUGCACGUGGUAAGAUGAGGGUAGAAGUCUGCCAUGCUCAUGUCGGUUCGGCAGGAAUCAGACGAUAGAAAGAGGCCAGAAGAAGUAGGUGGCACAUAGCUAACCACAGGACAGCAUCCUAUGCUAGUUGUUUAAAUUACGUUGAUUCUAGUUUGGUUGGGCAACCUGUGCUUUAAUUGUCAAACUUUUUAAAAUUUGUGUUUGAUGAUAUCCCGAAUUCUCAACUUCAGAGAGCAUCUACUGGUUUAAAAUGAAAAAUAACGUAACCCUGUAAGCACUUCGGGAAAAAGCCUCAUAGUAUCUUGCUUAAGAGAUUUUUUCCCUACUAAAAACUAUGUAAUUUUCAGAUAGCUUAAGCCUGACUCUAACCUCCAGUAUUCAUCGAAUGUCUUUUCCUCUGAGGAGUUAAAAUCAUAAGGCAUCAUGAUUUUAUUUUUAUUGAAUUAAUUCACCUUAAAAAUUGAAUGACAGAAGUUUCCUGUUAUUCAUUUUAAAUAAAAAAUAAUCCUAUUAAGAUAGUCUUCCAAAAUAUUGCCAUUCAUGACAUUUGUUUCCUGAAGUCCUUGGGGCAGUCGUUAAAACAUUAGUGUUUUGGUUGCUAGGACUUGUUUGUGUACUUUAGCUGAUCAGGUAGACCGUUUUGCCAGGUUUUGUGUUACUCGUUUUGGCAUGCGUUUCAUUUUUUAAAAAUUCUUCAUGGAUAAUGAUAUGGUAAUUGUGAUUUUAAAAAAUCAUCAGUUAAGCAGUAUUUGGGGACUCAAGCUUUCUGGAAGCUAAUCUUUACCAAGAUAAGUGAGCCAGGUGUGCUUUUUUUAUUUCCCUUGUUUCUCAUUUUGCUCCGUCAGUGGAUGGUGAAUGCUCUUCAGCCCCUUAAAGCUUCCUGAGGAGACGCCUCAGGUGUCCAUCCAGCCUUUGCAGUACACGUGUAUAUGCUCUCUUUAUUGUAAGACAGUACUGCCUUACCCAGCAUGAGAGCAUUGUUACGUUUUGCUGUUUAAUUUUAUUUUUUCUGUGUUGCAUUAUCAAAUUAGAAAAAUUUGGUUCCUCUGAUUCAUCUAAAAGCACAAGUAUGUUGGGUUCUGCACAUGAUGUUAGGACUAAGUUUGUACAGUUCUGUCCUGCAGGUAACUGAUCAGAUAGUUCCUGCAUUCAGCAGACUUGCUUCAGUUGCCCACUGUGUACAAGACCCUGGUGGGGGGAGCUCUGUGGCUUACAGAGUUGGACAGGUGUGCGGGUCAGACCCGGCACUUUCUACAAUUAUACUAUAGCUUCUGGCUCCAAGUAAUGAAACGAGUUCAGGUUAUAAAUGGAGAGACACGGUAAUCUGUGUAAGAGGUUUACUCUCUUUAAAUCUGUUUUAAAAUUAGAACUGAUAUCUAUCUGUUAGAACAAUAUAACUAGUAUAAAUCUGGCUAUUUUCAUGAAUCAUUUUUGUCAUUUCCCAAGCUACAUUUUUAUUGUAAACAUGUACACAUGUAAUUAUGGUAGACAUGUGAAAUGUUACAUGUUUUUUGUGAACAUUUUGCUCUCAUAAUUCUUUCAUUUUUUAAAGGCAUUAAUAUUGAUGAAAUGUACCAGACAAGUGGCUCUUCAGUGUAGGCUGGAACCUUCUAGAAAUCCAAGUAGACAGUAGGCGGUGGCAUCACAGGCUUUGUCUUGUGGUCAGUAGCAGCGUAGGCGUUCCAGACAGACCACAUGCACCUGGGCUCAGACCUCGGCCUCCAGAACACCAGGACAGCCUCGGAGAAGACAUGUGGGGUCCAGCUGUAUACUUAGGGGCGUCAUUGGAGCUCCUGAGACUGCAGUUUUUAUGAUGUAAUAUUUGACUGUCAGAAAAUAGGCUGAGAUCACUAAUUACUCAAAAAGUGAUCAGGCUAUAUUGAUCUGGUGAAUCUACUAUGAACAAACAUAUGGAUACAUCAGGGAAAAAAUGUGGGUUUAUAGCCUAAAUUUAUAAUAUAAUUGUCACUCUUUCACUUUGCUACAUGUAGCCUGACUCUACUGAACAUGAAAUUACUCAUAGUCUUUAGGUUUUGAGCAGUUUGAGUUGUUGAAUUCCUUCGUAGGAAGUUUCUAUUUUCACUGUGAAUCCGUGAUGUGAGUCAUAAAACUACCCGGCUGACGUGGCUGUGUCUCACUUUCCCCAUGUAGCCUGAGGUACCGUGAAUGACAGCAGGUUUGUGUGGGCUCUGGCCCCUGCAGUAUUGUCUUGAUUAUUGAGUCUUUUUUGUGCAGUAAUAGAUCCCCACUCUGCCUUUGAUCUUACUGAUGGUAAAUCACCUUACGAUAUAUCCUGGAUGAUAAGCUUAAAACAGUAAGGAUAUCGGCUGGCCUUUUCCAAGAAACGGCCACCUAACUUGUAUGAGGAAACUAUAGUAAUUAUUCUUGCAAUGUUUUUGGCACCUUUGUUCCUUAACUGUUUUGCUUGUAUAAUAUUUUUUACAUACCACUUACUUUGUGACGCACAUAAUAUUUAUGUGGAUCUAAGACUCUGUCACAACAGAAAGUAGGAAUUAACAGUUGGAGGGAAUGUUAGGGGAUACAAAUAUUUAAACCCAAAAUGUUUUAUUGUCAUCUCCACUAAUUAUUUUUGCAGAAAAAGCUGUUAUAAUGACUGACUGUGUUUACUUAUUUAUACUUUUCAUUAGGUUUUUCAUAUGUAUUUAUUUAAUUUUUAGGACAUUUGCUUUUAAUAUUGUUUCUUAAUGUGGAAACUAUGAGUAUUUUAAAAAUAAAAUCCUUAAGAUAGUAUGUUUUUAAACAUUUACAAAUUAACAAUAAUUAUUUGAAUUUUUAUUAGGAUUUUAGGCUUCAGACAACUCGUUAGCUUACAUAUUUCUGAAUUUCCAGGUGACUCAUUAAUAAAAACAAAAAAGAAAAAGCAAUGUCAUAAAAUUUAUUCUUUCUCUUUUACCUUUCUCAUUUCUUCAUUGACCUUAUUUUAUAUUGUGUAUGUAAAUAACCUGGACACUGCUUUGUCACCAGCAGUGUAUAGGUUUUUGUACAUUUGGAAAUUUGGCACAACAAAUAGGAAAUUAAAACAGAGGUUUUCCUCCUAUAAACGGGCUCUCGUUUGAUUUUAUGUUCAAAACUAUAAAAUGCACUUUUGUUUUACAACCUCUGAAAUGACUAAAUGUUGCCCUUUGGAAAACCUGACUGAAUCUUUGCACAUGUUAUUUUCAGAGUCUACCUCGGUUAACCAGGCUUAGUUUUAGGAGGGAAGGAAUUGAAACCGUAUUUAAAUUCAGUUCAUCAUCUCUGCACGUGUUUAAGUGUUUCCUUCUCUUCUCGCCCUCUCUUCAUUAACUUUUUUUUAACCCUGAAAGUUUUACUUAAAAUAUUUGUCUUUCUUCUUCUGGCAAAGCCACGUAUUCCAAAUCAGCCUUCCGUGAAAUGUCUGAAUUAUUCUUCCCUUCUUUGUUAUGACCUGUUCACUGUUUGGAUGCGUUUCAUCUCAAGAAGCAGUUUCAAACGCAACACACAUCCUCCUGUUUUCUCGUGGCUUCAUAAAUACAAGCUAAUGUGACAACAUUGGGCAUCUGGGAACCCGACUGUUUCUGUGUCUAUUCUCUACGAGCCGGAGUACUUCCUGGACACAAAUGGGUGUGGACACACGGUCCACACUGCGGACGGCAGCGGUCGCCGUGGGUGCACAUGGUGUGGACAGUGUCCAGCGAGAUCACUUCACUACCUGUUACGAUGGUUUGUAAGUGUGUAAGUGAAGAUUUUUGUUUCAGUGUUUGUCUCCCAGUAUUUUGAACUUCAUUUAAAGCAGAUGUUUCUAAAUUGUAUUUAUUAAAUGUGAUUUUCCUUACAUUUUGUGCUGCUACUUUGCUAGUUUCAUGAGCUUAGAUGUGUUUGUGCAUAGGUUGUAAUUUGGUAAUAAAUUUCUAGA